AUGGAGGAGGACGUUCUGGACAAACUCGAGGACAUGGCGUCGGUGCAGGACUUCGACCCUCUCACGGGCAGCAUCCCGGCCACCAAAGUGGAGCUCACGGUCUCCUGCAGGAAUCUUUUGGAUAAAGAUACAUUCUCCAAGUCUGACCCAUUAUGUGUGCUGUAUACUCAGGGCAUAGAGACCAAGCAGUGGAGAGAGUUUGGCAGGACUGAAGUCAUUGACAACACCUUGAACCCCGACUUUGUGCGGAAGUUCAUCCUCGAUUACUUUUUUGAAGAGAAGCAGAAUUUGCGCUUUGAUCUUUAUGAUGUAGAUUCCAAGAGUCCUGACCUGUCCAAACACGAUUUCCUUGGUCAAACAUUCUGCACUCUGGGAGAGAUUGUUGGAUCACCAGGAAGUCGCUUGGAGAAGCCUUUGAUGAUGGGAGCAUUUACAUUACAUUCCAAAACUGGGAAGCCUAUGCCAUCUGUCUCCAAUGGAGGAAUUCCGGGGAAAAAAUGUGGCACCAUCAUUCUGUCAGCUGAAGAACUGGGCAACUGUAGGGAUGUAGCCACAAUGCAGUUCUGUGCCAACAAGCUGGACAAGAAAGACUUCUUUGGGAAAUCAGACCCUUUCAUGGUAUUCUUCAGAAGUAAUGAAGAUGGAACAUUUACCAUUUGUCAUAAAACUGAAGUGGUGAAGAACACACUGAAUCCAGUAUGGCAGUCAUUCGCUAUCCCUGUGCGAGCCUUGUGUAAUGGAGACUAUGACAGAACCAUAAAAGUAGAGGUGUAUGACUGGGAUCGAGAUGGCAGCCAUGAUUUCAUUGGAGAGUUUACAACCAGCUAUAGAGAACUGGCACGAGGACAAAGCCAGUUUAAUGUCUACGAGGUGGUAAAUCCCAAAAAGAAAAUGAAGAAAAAGAAAUACUCUAAUUCAGGAACAGUAACAUUGCUGUCAUUUGCCACAGAAUCAGAACAUACGUUUCUAGAUUACAUCAAAGGAGGGACACAGAUCAAUUUCACAGUGGCCAUUGAUUUCACAGCUUCCAAUGGCAAUCCUUCUCAGUCUACCUCCCUUCAUUAUAUGAAUCCAUACCAGCUCAAUGCGUAUGCCAUGGCACUGAAGGCUGUUGGGGAGAUCAUCCAGGACUAUGACAGUGAUAAAAUGUUCCCAGCACUUGGGUUUGGAGCCAAGAUUCCCCCCGACGGGCGUGUGUCUCAUGAGUUCCCCUUGAAUGGCAACUGUGACAAUCCUCACUGUAGUGGAAUAGAAGGAAUCCUUGAAGCGUAUCACCAGAGCCUCAAGACUGUGCAGCUUUAUGGUCCAACUAACUUUGCACCAGUGGUCAACCAUGUGGCUGGAUAUGCCUCGGCUGUGCAGGAUGGCUCCCAGUAUUUCGUUUUGCUGAUCAUCACGGAUGGUGUGAUAUCAGACAUGGCUCAGACAAAAGAAGCAAUUGUCAAUGCUGCCAAACUUCCAAUGUCUAUAAUAAUUGUGGGUGUUGGACAGGCUGAAUUUGAUGCAAUGGUGGAAUUAGAUGGAGAUGACGUUCGGAUCACAUCUCGUGGAAGGACUGCUGAACGUGAUAUUGUCCAGUUUGUACCGUUCCGUGAUUACAUUGACCGCACGGGAAACCACGUCUUGAGUAUGGCACGGUUGGCUAAGGACGUGCUGGCUGAGAUUCCAGAUCAGUUCAUCUCCUACAUGAAGGGGCGUGGCAUCAAGCCUAAUCCAGCUCCACCUCCUUACUCUCCCUCAAGCCACACCCUUCAGACCGAAAUCUGA